AUGCCUGGUAAGGAGGAAAAGAAAGCUAAGGAUUCGAGCGAUACUGAGACCACACGCAAGCUGCUUGAGAACCUUUCGAAAAUGCUCGCUUCUCAAAAACCAGAUCGCCACACUCCGAAAGCUAUGGACGAACAUAAGUUCUGGAAGACGCAACCGGUGCUGCCAUUUAAUGAAUCUGUAAAUGAAGAUGGUGUUAUUGAAGUCAAAACUGUCGACAAAGUACCCAAGGAGCCUCAGCAACUUCCUGGCGAUUUUGAAUGGUGUGUCCUGGAUGUCGAAAAAGACAGCGAGCUCGAGGAACUUUACGAUCUAUUAUAUCACAACUACAUCGAGGACGACGAUGAGCAGUUUCGUUUCCAGUACUCUGUUCCUUUUCUCAAGUGGGCCCUCAAGCCCCCUGGGUGGAAAAAGGAGUGGAGCGUCGGUGUGCGGGCCAAAACUAGUAACAAGCUAGUGGCUUUCAUCUCGGCGACUCCCGUAACGCUGGCUGUGCGUGGUACCAAAAUCGAAGCUGUCGAGAUUAAUUUCCUGUGUGUGCAUAAGAAACUUCGGUCCAAACGUUUGGCCCCAGUAAUGAUUAAAGAGAUCACGCGCCAAGUCAACCUGAAAAAUAUUUGGCAAGCAUUGUAUACUGGCGGUACUCUUUUACCUACACCGUUCGCGACCUGCCGCUACUUCCAUCGCACUAUCAACUGGCCUAAACUGUACGAGGUUGGAUUCUCUUACUUACCCCCCGGCUCCACUGAGGAAGAGCAGAUCGAGCGUUACAAGCUCGACGAGGAGCCCAGCCUUGAGGGGUUCCGCAAAAUGACAGAGAAGGAUUUCUCUCAAGUCCAGAAGUUGCUGGAGGCAUACCUAUCUCGAUUCGAUGCUUUGCAAGUGUUUUCUCCCGAGGAGUUCAAGCAUUGGUUCGUGUCUCCAGUUGUCCACGCAUAUGUUGUUGAAAUUGAAGGUAGAAUUGUCGACUUUGUGUCCUACUACGGCAUUGACUCAACUGUUCUCGGUAACGAAAAGUACCCAAGUCUCAAGGUCGCUUAUUCCUACUAUUAUGCCACGGCUGCGCCCUUCGAGGCUCGCCAGGAGCGUUUGGAGAAGGUGUUCGAGGCCACUUUGAUUGUGGCCAAGCAGCAAGGCUACGACGUCUUCAAUGCCCUCACUCUCCUCGACAACCCUCUCUUUUUGGAUUCCCUCAAAUUCGGUGCUGGCGAUGGUCUGUUGUAUUAUUACCUGUUCAACUACAAGACGAAACCUAUUAGCGGCGGCAUCGAUAGAAGCGGUCAAGUCAACGGACCGGGUGGUGUUGGUGUAGUCAUGCUUUGA